AUGGGACAUUUGUUGUAUCCAGGAGCGGCAUUUCAACACUUGAAAAAGCUUCAAAACUUGACUAUAGAUUUGUAUGGAUAUCCCGUUUUUGAACCUGAAUUCAAGAAUUUACCAUUGAAGUAUAUCAAGUUCCAGAGCUGUCAUCUUCAAAAUUUAAGAAAUGACACAUUUAAAAAUUUUCCAGAUGCUUUGUCAGAAAUACAUUUGUCGAAAUGUAUUUCUAUCAAUACUUCUCAAAUCGCAGUUAACGCAUUGCGACCGUUUAACUCGCUUUCUAUUCUUGACAUGUCUUGGACUUGUGUUACUCUACCGAAAGGGUUGGAACUGUUGUAUCCACUAAGAAUGAGGACAAUGCAAGUGGUUAAUCUAUCACACAUGCUAAAUCCAAGAACAAACAGACUACUUUUGCCUCAUACCAUCAUCCUGACAAAGGAAAUGAUGAAACAUUUGAACACAAUGUGCGUUCAAAUUCUUAUUUUAGCUGAUAACAACAUUGUUGAUAUUCUUCCUCAGUCAUUGUUUGGUUCAGAAAAUCUCGAAUGCCUUGAAUAUAUCGAUUUAUCAGGCAAUCGUUUCGGUUUUUUUUCUAUCAAAAACGACCUUCCAUUUACUGCCUUUAGACUUUCACGUCUUCGAGUUUUCGAUUUUUCAUACUUGGCGUUAACAUAUUUGGAUGCAGUUUACAUGCCAGCAACAACCAGUGUAGAGCCAUAUCAUCCGCACAUCAAAAAGAAAAGGAAGCAAGAUUAUUGUGAAGGUGAAACUUCCGUCAAUGUAACUAUUCCAUCUAAACUAGAAGUACUGCGUAUAACCCAUGUUUUAGGAGCGCCUCCGCUUCCAAAGUUACUUAUUAUGAAUAAUAUAACUAGUUUACGAUACUUAGACAUGUCUUAUUAUGAUAUCAAAUGCUUUCCUGAUAUUUAUUUGUACAAUCAAGAGAUACAGUUGGAAUUUUUAGACAUCUCAGGAAUUGACUGUGAGCUUUACUUUAAGAAGAAAAACCUGCCUUUCUUCCCAGUGCUUAAGGAACUGUACAUAAGGGAUGCACAUUUCUAUCGUACUAUAGAUGAGAACAUUAAUAUAUUUACAAAUACUCCAAAUUUAGAGCGUUUAGAUUUACACUCGAACUAUAUGUUUACUUUUCCAUCAUCAUUCAUAAGGCAUUUGGACCUUCUAACUCACCUACGACUUUCAGAAAAUCGUCUGAGUCAUAUUCCUACUGCUAUUACAGAUCUGCCAAGACUAAAAUCGCUAGAUCUGAAAGGGAACCGAAUAUUUACUCUCUUCCCAGAGUUUACUUCAUGGCUUGAUGCCCAACAAGUAAAACUUGGAUAUUUUUCACUCAAGAUACGGAAAAAUGAUUUCUCUUGUUCGUGUGAACACAGAGAAUUUGUUCGAUGGUUGAAUAGUACCAUGGUACAUUUGGACAAUACGACGUACUAUUGUCGAUUGAGCAAUGGAUCCUUCAGUAACACUGACACGGUUUUAAUGAAUUACCAUGCAAUUUUCGGUAAUUGCGAUGCUUUCGUUUGGUUACAAGUUGGUGUCAUACUUUUAGUAUCUUUCUUUAUGGUUCUUCUUCCUACUAUAGUAAUAUACAACUUCCGAUGGAGAAUCAUAUUUUUCUGCUACCGGAAGUUUCGAGGAAUUGUGGAGAACAGCUUGAAGUUGAAUUAUGAUUAUGACGUAUUCAUUUCUUAUGGAUACGAUGGAUAUACAUGGGUUCUUGAGACUUUAAUAGAGCAACUGGAAACAAAAUGGGGUUUCCGAGUAUGUGUAGAAGACAAGAAUUUCAUAAGUGGCAGAUCGACGUUUGAACAAAUAGGUAUUGCUAUAAACAGAAGUCGCCAAAUCAUUUUCGUCGUGACCUCCGAUUAUAUGUCUAAACCUUGUGCAGCGUAUGAAAUAGACCGGACAAAAGAAGCCAGGUCAUCACGUUCGCUACAGAAUAUAAUUGUUAUUGCCUUAGACAUAAACAUUGAAGACAUACCACGAGAAUUACAGGCACUAUGGAGUGAUGUUGUUGUUAUUGAAUGGCCUCGACAUUCGAAUGAAGUUAGUUUGGCUUUAGACAAUCUGAAAACCAGACUUCUGCUGAAUUUUUGAGACACCUCUGAUGAAAAUCUUCGUAUUUGCUAUAAAAGGAUAGAAUGAGCAA